GCGCCAAGAAUAAUGUGUAUGUCUACAUGCAGUAAAAUUAAUACCCAAGCUGCAUGUUUUAAAUUAGAGUUGCGCAGACUUUUUGGUUUGGUGGCUAUUUUUUAAAUAGUCUGGCUAAAAUAAAAUAAAAUAAAUGUGCGUUAUAUGUUGGGAUACAGGGGUACUGAUUCAAUCUAUGUAGCGCCAUGGCGUCUUAUGACUCAGUACAUGUAUGGCUAUUGUUCAAGUAAGGGUGAUGAGCAUCUGAAAAUUGAAUUUCAUCUACAUUUAAUCGCCUACUUAUUGGGCACCUAUGUUUUAAAAUUUAAAUUAAACCAGAGUCAUUUCAGAGUAAUUUCAGCAAUUUCUUGCUGACAAGGGAGGUGAUAUAACCAUGCCAAAGUUGUCCAAAAAUGCAAGUUAAAUGAGAAAUUCCAUGAUUAAUAAAUUAAAGCCCUAACACACUCUCUAUAUUUUAAACGACAUGUGUUAAAAAACAAAGUAAAACUUGUGAGUCCGUAUGCUCUCCCAAUUUCCAAAUUGAAGCAAUUGUGCUGAGGGCAUGCGAAAACCACAUUUCCAUGGCACCUGAAGGCAUCACACGUUCAGGCGAUAGUUUAUUUAAGGCCACGCGCAGGCUUCAACUGUUGCAUAUUUUUUCAGUUUCCACAGAAUACUUUUUUUUUUUUUACAAGUAAAAAAUAUCUCUCGUACGAUGUUUUGAAAGGAAUGUACGGAGCCGUCAAACUGUUAUUACGUUAACACUUAUACAAAGACGUCGAAGUGUGUUUUUGCUGCUGUAAUUUACGCGUAAAACAACACCUGUUUCCGGACGUUAUUACCGCAGCUGGUCGGCUACAAGCUACAAGCUAAUUUCUACAAUUCCAAUGGCUGGUAAAUAUUCAGGUGAAAAUGAGCUCCAAGCGUAACAAGGAGAGGAGUUCGAGAACAUGUUCCUGUGUCAACCGGAGCAGGGCCACUACGCAGCAACAAGUUAAACAGCUAAAGAAUCACAGGAAAAGGAUGCAGAGGAGAGGUGAAGGGAGAAGGAAUAGACAAACUGCACACGGUUACUGCCACUGCCGCCACGGAAUCAGUAAAGACUCAAGAAGGUGCUGCCCAAGUGGCGGUAAUUCUAAAAGGGAUCAAAAGUUUGUCCCUUUUACACAAGAGCACAGUAUCAUCACCGACAGCCGCCUGAUAGGACACCACGGUCUAUUUAACCAUGAGAUCAAGUCAUUUAACAUUGAACGCUUGCUAAGUGAGCGAGUAAAGCUCGAAAAAUCCGUAAAGAAACGACAAGAGAUGAGCCACGCGCUUUUGAACCGAUCCUCCGCGUUGCGCAUUUCCUCUCCCUUUGGCAGUGACGAUUUGUUUGUACACAAUGCCGUUUUGUCACCAGAGCGAAAAGCGGCUUCUUCGCUGUAUUGCAUCGCCGACGGCCAAGACAAAAAGAGCGAAGCCAGUCACAAGUCAGAUCUCAUGACUUCACCACAACCGUAUCCUUCCACUGAAAGCUUCAAAAGCUGCUUCUCAUCCAAGCGUAGCUUUAACAAUGAAGCAGUAACUACGGAUAAGGGAAACUCAGUCACACAUAAAAAGGAAAAAUGGCCUCUGCCAUGUGGAGUGAACCAUAGCUCUCCUAAGAGCAGGGAACGUCCUGCUCGGCAAACUCGCAGCAGUGGCCUCAGCCUACACAGACCCUCCUUGGACCCUGGGCUCAGAGGAGAAUGUCUUGCCUCUGUGUCAACUAUGGCGGCGCAGUUGUGUGACUCUGUGCAUUUUGCUAACCUGAACAGAACCGACCUGCUGGAAGAAAGCCGGUCAGCGCUGCGGAGAGUUCUUAAGGCAAAGCAUGGAACCCAGCUUCACGAGAACCUUCUAAGAAACCAGCAGUGCUCGAGCUUCGGUGCUGACGGUACAGAGAUGGAACAGGACGACAGCCUGAAGUCGGCCAUUAAAGAUGACAAUGUCUUGUCAGCAGAGGCCUCCACUUGCCUUUUUGACGAAGUGGUGGGAUACGUCGGCCAGGAAAAUGAAGAAAUGACCAACAAGAGUUUUGGUCCUUGGACUUUCCAGGCACUUCCCCAAGAAAUGGCUCCUGAGUGGCCAACAAACCCUGUGGAUACCUCUCCCAUCCUUUUACAUGACAUUCUGAGACCUACGUGCUGCACUCCAUUAUUUGCUUUCCCUGGACCUGGUGGUAAAUCACCAAGAGAUCACUUAUUCGCACCUUUACCUGCUUCGAGUUGGCCAGAGAAAGCCUCACAAUCUCAGCGCUCGGAAAGAAGUUUCAACCGGCCAGAAACCAAAGUGUCAUCUCUCUGUGCUUCUUUUGAAAAGCGCUCAAUGAAUCCCAGCACAGAAGCUGGACACGGACGCCGUUUGCUCAGAGACACGAGCAGUCAGCAGUUUUUUCUUUCUUCUUCACCACCACCACCACCGACAGAGAGGCAAUUUACCAAGGAGCCGUUCAAAAGUGACAAAUAUGCUUUUGCUUCUCCUUUUUGCGACCAAGUUCACAGUCCUUACACGAGCAGUCAUUUUCACACCGGCCCUCUCCUGAGCUCCUUCCCCUCAGACACGGUCCACUACCCUUCUUCCUACAUGUUGCAAAGCAAAAGCCCUCCCCUUUCGCCUUUACACGGCUCUGACCACUGGUCAUUUCCUCCAAUGAGGUUGUACUGACGUGUACUGGCGUGUGAUCCAGCGUUUUUGUCUUGCGAAAUUCCAACAGCGGUGUGUGUUUACGGCCUCGCUGUGUCAAACAGUGUGUUUAAAUGCACGUAAUUUUCAUAUGUCACGUGUUUUUCUUUCUUUUAGUCAGUUAGACAAGAAACAAUUACACAAUUAUGUGUUGUCUAAGCAUUUCAUUUGGCCAAGUUAAUAUUAGCAGGUUAAAUAGCUGUGAAUGUUUACUGUCGUUGUACAAACAAAACAAAACAUGUCACUCUAAGUGCACCGCUAAUAAACUGAUUUGAUCACGAUAACUGAUACCACUGAUUCAUUUACACGUUUUUAUGAAUUCAACUUGGAGUCCAUUUGUGGGUGAUUACUCAGUUAAAUCAAUAUCGUUUUCAAAGUGUGUGUGUUUAGCGUCUUUACCGGCGAUGUUUUUGGUAAAACGUAUGCUGGUGCUGUACGGCUACUGGAGCCUAAUUUCCCAAAGGGACCUUUCGAGAGAUUAAUUAAGUUCUAGCUAUCAUGUUGUUAUCAGAGCAGCAUGUUAUAAAUCGGGAUUAUGUCAACAUAAUCUGAGUUUAGCGAGAGGAGAAAAACUAUACUCAUAUAUUCAUACAAGCCUCUACAGUGGAUUCUCAGGCGUCCGCUGUAGAGGCUUAUAUGCAACACUGCCUUCAAAACUUAUUCUUAUCAUAGAAAAUGACAUUUUAAUAGCUGUCCACUGUAGUGACCGUCAUGCAUGAAAGGGUUAAGUACCCUAGGAGAGAGCUGCAAAACAGUCUUUGUUGUCAGUCUUUAGUAGUAAAGACCGGGUCCCCUGCGUCCAGACAACUGGAGACCCGCAGGCCACACCCAGUCCGCCGAACCUAAUCCAGAAUCUAAUCCAGCUCGUGAUUAGAUUG